CUGGCCAGUCCAAAAUGUGGCAACCAAAAUACCUCAUCCUCGUCGCGGUCUCGCUCUCUGUCCUUGCAUGCGCGGUGGUGGGAGACGGUGGCGGCAGGCCACUGGUGACGGCCGUCACCAAGGACGCGGCCACCUCCCUCUACACCAUCCCCGUCAAGUCCGGCCGCCCGCUGGUCCUCGACCUCUCCGGCCCCAUCGUCUGGUCCACGUGCGCCGAUGGCGCCCCCCAUGACACGCUCGAGUGCAACAACAUCGACUGCAUGCGCGCGCACCGCUUCCACCCGCCCGGCUGCCCGCACACCGGCUACGGCAUGCCCGACGUCCACAACCCCUUCCGGUGCAAGUGCACGGCGCACCCGCACAACCCCGUCUCCGGCGACACCGCGUCGGGGAACAUGACGCGCGUGGCGCUCUCCGCCAACGCCACCGACGGCAUGAACCCGUUGGGCCCGGUGUCGUUCACCGCCGUGACGUCCUGCGCGCCGAACACCCUGCUACAGGGGCUGCCGGCGGGGGCCGUGGGCGUGGUGGGGCUCGCGCGCUUCAGCCUCGCGUUCCCAGCGCAGGUCGCGGGCACGCAGGGCGUCGCUAACUCGUUCGCGCUCUGCCUCCCUAGCAACCCAGGCAACGGCGUCGCCAUCUUCGGCGGUGGCCCGCUCUUCGUCCUGGGGCAGCCCAUCUCGGAGAUGCUGGGCGGCAGCACCCCCCUCCGCAAGCACGGGGACUCCCCCGGCUACUACAUCAGGGCCAGCAAGGGCAUCACCGUGGACGGACUGCGGAUACUGCCGGGCGAUCACGCACCGCUCACCAUCGGCCUCUCCACGACGACCCCCUACACGGAGCUACGCAGCGACGUGUACCGCCUGUUCAUCAACGCGUUCGACCAGGCGAUGGAGCGCUGGGGUGCUGCCGCUUUGAGGGUCCCCUCCCCGGCCGAGUCGCCGUUCGAGCUGUGCUACAACAAUUCGAAGCUGUCGCAGACGCGGUUCGGCUUCUUCGUGCCGAGGAUCACCCUGAUGCUGGACGGCGGCACGAGCUGGCAGGUGUUCGGCAUGAACUCCAUUGUGCGGCUGAACCGCGCCACGGCGUGCUUAGCUUUCGUCGAGAUGAAGGCGGGGAACAAGGCUGGGUAUGGCGGCGGUGCGGCGCCGGCGGUGGUCAUCGGAGGGUUCCAGAUGGAGAACAUGCUGCUGGUGUUCGACGAGGAGAAGCAGACGCUCGGAUUCACCACCGGGCGGCACCUCAUCACGGGGCUCUCCUGCGGCCACUUCAAUUUUACGAUGCCCGCCUAGCCUACUGUUGCUUGGUCUAAUUAGUGCGGUGUCAUUUUGUUGCUUGGAUUUCGAAUUUCCGUGCGUCUAUUUGACUAGUUUUUUCCCCUCAUUUCCUGCAAACAACAUUAACCCCAGCACCAAAGUAAAUUACACACAUCCAAGAACGUCGAGAUCUGAGAAGUCAGAAGCCCACACAAAAUUAUUCCGUUGUACUUGGCUAUUUGACUAUUUCCCAUCCUAUAUAGAAGGGGAACUUUCGCUCUAUGGGGACAUAUACACCCUAU